UUGCUUGACGCGUGUAUUUUAGCCUGGUCGUCUGCCUCCCCUACUCUCUAGUUUCCCUAUAUACCGUACUGUACAACGCUUUUAAUGCUACAGCUCAUUUGCUCAUGGCACUGUUCUGACCCAGCUUUUGGCCGCCAAAACAUUUGCACGCUUCCGAAACGAUGGUGUUAUUCUGGGUGCUUUGCUUGCCGGCGCUGGCGGCAGCGGUCUUGGUCGUCUCCAGCGGCAUCUCAUUGGCGCGCAAUUACCUUAUUGCACGUCAAAUUGGCCUGCCCGUUCGCGUCAUCCCCAUCGACCAUGCCAAUCCCCUGUGGAUGGCUGUGGAUCGGAAAGUGCUCUCUUACGUGAGAAGACUUCCGGGCUUCCUCGGCGACAACAGCUUUACGCGCUACAACUUCCGGGCUUGGGAGAUGUACGAUCGGCUGCGGCCGCAUCAAGAGAUGGGUGACGCGUUUAUCAUAGUCACGCCGGCCAGGAUCUGGUUCUACUUGUCUUGCCCAGACGCUCUGAUGGAUUGCUUCCGCCGCCGAACGGACUUUCCGAGAUGCGUGGAGAUGACCGAGAUACUCAAUGCCUUUGGCAAGAACCUGAGUACGGUCGAAGGGCAGCAGUGGAAGACGCAGCGCAAGAUGAUCGCGACAUGUUUCAAUGAGCAGAACCACGAGGUUGUCUGGUCCGAGAGCCUGUCGCUUGCCCGCGACAUGCUUGCCUACUGGUCCCGGCAGCCGUCUGUAACGACGUCUGCCGAAGACCUCCGGACCUUCUCCUUGCACGUGCUUUCAGGGGCUGGAUUUGGAAAGUUCUACAAGUUCGAGGGCCAUACAGAACGGUCUGAUUCCAGCCUGUCAGCCAACUACAAGAGCUCUCUCCAGACGAUUCCCGAGAACAUUGUCCUCAUCAUGGCGUUGGGUCCCUCCGUUUUGGCCAAAGCGAGGCUGUGGCUACCUGACACUUGGAAACUAGCAAAGCUGGCUGACACAUGCGCUGCCUUCCAGCGUUACAUGACAGACCAGUACGAGGAGGAGAAGCGCGCAACGGUAGCGCAGGAAAGGACCGGCGGGCCAAAGACGCUCAUGAGCUCCUUGGUCAGGGCCUCGCAAGCCGAGGCCAGCACUGGUAACAACAGCACCGGUCUCAGCGAAAGCGAGAUAUACGGCAACAUGUUUAUGCUUAACUUCGCUGGGCACGACACUACCGCGCAUACCUUUACCUUCGCUAUAUACUUCAUUGCGGCGUAUCCCGACGUGCAAGAUUGGCUUUCGGAAGAGAUCCGCGCCGUUCUGGGCGACAAUCCGGCAGACUGGAGGUAUGCCGCCAGUUUUCCCCGUCUGAAGCGCUGCCUGGCCAUCAUGCUGGAAACACUCCGUCUUUACACCGUGGUUCCAGUGUCGAAAUGGGUAGGAGAUCAGACUGUUUCGCUCCAAGUAGGCGGGAAAACUAUCCUCCUCCCGCCCAAGACCAUGUUUAUUCCCAGCUACGCGGCUGUGCAGACCGAUCCCAAAUAUUGGGGGCCGGACGCGCUCGCGUGGCGGCCGUCGCGCUGGAUCCAAGGAGGGGGCGAGCCGGGAGAUGAGGAUCUCAUCACCUUCAAAAAGGGCACCUUUCUCGGUUGGUCAGAGGGGGCGCGUGACUGCCCGGGCAAGAAAUUCUCCCAGGUCGAGUUUGUGGCUACCAUGGCCGCGCUGUUUCGUGACUGGCGUGUCGACCCGGCGCCUCUUCACGACGGUGAAAGCCGGGAAGAGGCGCAGAAGAGGGUGUUGGACCUGAUUGAGCAUGACUCGGCACCUGUGCUCUUGCUCCAGAUGCUCCAUCCUGAAAGGGCACCAUUGGUUUGGAGGAGAAGGUGACUGUGCUAUGGCGGUCCUCGGAGCCGGGGAAAUCUCUUGGAUACUUGGAUCGAAGCAGCACACUGUAUUGCACAAUGACCCAAGGCCUAGCAGUGAUGACCACAAGAUAGCCUUCCGCUUAUUUUACGAGCUCGGCAUACUGGGGGCUGGUGGAACUGUUGGGACAUCCAGUCUUUGGCGAAUGUGUCAUCAU